AUGAAUAGUAAUUGGAUUGAUGAUAAAAUAGAAUCCUGGAUCACGAAUAGUGAUUUCAUUGCUGAUAAAGAAAGAGAAUUCUUGGUUCAGUUCUCUACCUUAACGACAGAAAAAAGGAUGGAUCAAAUUUUAUUGAGUCUGAAUAAUAGUGAUCAGUUAUCAAAGAAUAACUCUGGUUAUCAAAUGAUUGAGCAACCAGGAACAAUUUACUUACGAUAUUUAAUUAACAUUCAUAAAAAGGAUCUGAUGAAUUAUGAGUUCAAUACAUCCUGCUUAGCAGAAAGAUGGGUAUUCCUUGCUCAUUAUCAGACAAUCACUUAUUCAGAAAUCCCGUGUGGGGCUAGUUGUUUGGAUUUAUCAUCUCAUGGGAAACCCUUUUCGCUACGCUUAGCCCUAUCCCCUGCUAGGGGUAUUUUAGUGAUAGGAUUGAUAGGAACUGGACGAUCCUAUUUUCUCAAAUAUCUAGCGAUAACCACCUAUGUUCCUUUCAUUACAGUAUUUGUAAACAAGUUCUUGGAUAGCUUUCCUAAGGGUUUUGAUAGUGAUGAUAGUGAGGACGACAUGGAUGAUAGUGACAAUCUCGACCAUAAGCUUGAUAGCCAGUUGAAGUUUCUAAGUAUGGAGGAUCCGCUAUCUAGCGAUCUGAUGGAAAUAGACCGGUUUUAUCUCACGCUUCAAUUCGAAUUAGCAAAAGCAAUGUCUCCUUGCAUAAUUUGGAUUCCAAACAUUCAUGAUCUGGAUAGGAAUGAGUCGAAUGACUUAUCGCGGGGUAUAUUAGUGAACUCUCUUUCCAGCGAUUUAGAAAAAGGUUCUACUAGAAAUAUUCUAGUUAUUGCUUCUACUCAUAUUCCAAAAAAAGUAGACCCUUCUUUAAUAGCUCCUGAAAUUCUGGCUGCAGAUACUCAAUGUCACGUUCAAUGUUAUGACACCAUAUCUGACUUUCUAUAA